UACAUGUAAGAGACCGGAAAACGCUUGGACCAAAUGAUUGGGAAAUCGCAUAGCGGCUGAGAAACAUGGUUGAAUAAGUAGACUGGCACUGUUGGGAUGACUAUAGAAGCCUUUACUGAAUAUGAAUGAUCCAGAUGGGACUUGUUGUGACUGGGAAUGUACGAAAAGUUCUUUUAUGAUACAGAAUUGCCUUGUAGGGCUUUCUGGGAUAGCAAUGAUCAUAGUUGGAGUUUGGACCCUAUACUAUGAAGAGCAAUACCAUUUGUUGCUAGGCAGCACAAGAUACUUGAUUAUAGUAGGGUUAAUGAUUGGCAUAGGAGGCGUGGUCAUCCUGGUCUGUGUGUGUGGUUGCUAUGGUACUAUGAAAGAACACCGCUAUCUCUUGCUUACGUUCAUGAUAAUGCUGUCAUUAAUAUUUAUCAUUCAGUUGUCAGUUGGUAUCGUGGCUUUUGUACAUCGCUAUCAGAUAAAAGAUGAAAUUUAUAAAUCAACAAAGAACACGAUGAAUUUAUAUGGUAGCGACAAAGGCGUUACCGUGGCGUUUGACAAGUUGCAUCAGUCAUUCAAAUGUUGUGGCGACUUGUCAUAUGCAUCAUGGAACUCAACAGCCUGGAAACAGAGUGAGGUCAGCGGUAAUAACACAGUACCAGACUCCUGCUGCAAGACGCCGUCAUUAAAGUGUGGCAAAAGGGACCACCCUUCUAACAUCUAUCGCGAGGGAUGCAUAUGGGAGCUAACAAUCUUAUUCAAGGAACACUUGCUAAUACUUGGGUCUGUGAUGAUAGGAAUAUCGUUUUUACAGUUAAUUGGUAUCUUGAUGACCAUAUGUGCCCUUCGAUACGUUGAUGAUUACUAUUAGCACGGCCCUGUGGCGACCUGCAUGCUUAUAAUAUGUUUUUAAUCUUAUUUUAUCCACUUUAAGCCUAAUAAAACGGCCUAAAGAUGACGGCUUGGAAUGGUUAUCCAUAUAUUAUAGAAUGCAAAACUGAUACGAUGUGUACUGCUGUAUAGAAGUAUGUUUGUAUCGCCUUCUCUACAGAAUCUUCAAGGAAUUUUUUCUCGACUGAUAAAGACAUGAACGGCAAGGGUAGUUAAGACGAAAGGCCAAACUAAUGGAAUUUGCCGCUGCUUUCAGUCUUGUAAUCAUUCAACGCUCUAAUAAAAGAAUUCUAGAUCUGCUACUCAGUAAUAAUCGCUAUUAGUUCUAAGUAUGGCCUGUCUAAAACACAGUAAAAAGUCAAAAUAUUC